AUGUCCUCACCGGAGGGAAAACGAUUAGAGGAAGAAUUAUCAUACCCAAUUCUCAUAGCAGAACGAGUUCGCUCAGCGAUUGAAGAAACCGACUCGUUCACACUCGAGUGUUCCGAAGUCUGGAAACAAGUCGAACGCCUCCUCCAAAUGCUCCGAACGGUUGUCCGAUUCGCCGCCACCUCGCCGCUUUACGAGCGUCCCGUCCGACGGGUAACGGCUGAUACCGCGAAGAAUCUAGAACGCACUUUGACUUUGGUCCGGAAGUGUAAGCGCCGUAGCAUCCUCCACCGUGUUGUUACCAUCGUCGGUGUCGCCGAUUUUCGGAAAGUUUUGAGUUACCUCGACGCCUCCGUUGGAGAUAUGAAGUGGCUUUUGAGCAUCCUCGACGGCGAAGGAGGAGUAAAUUUGGCGCUUCCUCCGAUUGCGAGUAAUGAUCCUAUUCUUGCUUGGGUAUGGUCUUUUAUUGCUUCGAUACAAAUGGGUCAAUUGAAUGAUAAAAUUGAAGCUGCGAAUGAACUUGCUUCAUUAGCGCAAGAUAAUGAUAGGUAUCAGAAGAUUAUUGUGGAGGAAGGUGGUGUUCAGCCCCUUUUGAAGCUUCUUAAAGAAGCUGCUUCACCUGCUGCUCAAAUUGCGGUCGCAACUUGUUUGUGUCAUUUGGCUAAUGAUUUGGAGAGGGUUAGGGUUAUUGUGAAUGAAGCUGGAGUCCCUGCUGUUGUUCAGGUUCUUACUGACUCGCCGAUUAGGGUUCAAACCCUAGCUUCUAAUUUAGUUGCUAGGAUGGCUAGACAUGAUCCUGUUGCUCAGGAGGAUUUCGCGAGGGAGAACGCGAUUAGGCCGCUUGUUACGCUUUUAUCGAUGGAUACGACUGUGGAUGAGCAGCCGGGUAAUAAUGGUAGGCAGAGUAUUCAUUCUAUUAUUCAAAUUAAUAAGGAGUUAGGGAAGAAAACUGAUUAUAAUUAUAUGUCUGGUAAUGGUAAUGGUAAUAGUAGUAGACAGUUUGCGAAUUCGUAUUCCUAUCAUUAUACCGAGGGGAGUAGCCGUGGAGGGAAUUAUAGGAAGGAGAGGGAAAAUGUGGAUCCUGUUGUGAAGCUUCAGCUUAAAAUUAGCUGUGCGGAGGCGUUGUGGAUGCUUGCGGCAGGGAGUGUGUCGAAUAGUAGGAAGAUAACGGAGACGAAAGGGAUGCUUUGUUUGGCUAAGAUUAUUGAGAAGGAACAGGGAGAGUUGCAGCAGAAUUGUUUGAUGACUAUAAUGGAGAUAACGGCUGCGGCUGAGUCGAAUGCUGACCUUCGACGUGCUGCAUUUAAGACCAACUCACCUCCUGCUAAAGCUGUUGUGGAACAGCUUUUAAGGAUAAUUAAAGAGGUUGACAGUCCGUCAAUGCAAAUUCCGGCGAUAAAGUCUAUUGGUUCGUUGGCUAGAACGUUUCCUGCUAGAGAGACUCGAGUAAUUGAACCCCUUGUAGCACAACUGAGUAAUAGAGACAUGAAUGUAGCAGAUGAAGCAGCCAUUGCUCUGACCAAAUUUGCUUGUCCAGAUAAUUUCUUAUAUAUUGAGCAUUCUAUGAAAAUAAUCGAAUUCGAUGCAGUCCCAGCAGUGAUGAAACUGCUGAGGAAUAACGAUGUUAAUCAGAUGUAUCAUGGCUUAACUCUCCUUUGCUACCUUGCACUACAUGCCGGGAGCAGUGAGUCCUUGGAACAAGCAAGGGUGUUGUUGGCUCUAGAGGGUGCAGAUAAAACGAUUCUUCCUCAGCAUAUAAGGGAUUUGGUAUCCAAAGCAAUUGUACACCUCAAUUUGUAUCAUGCUGGAAUGAAUUCUCAACCAUUGUCAUAUAUGCCUUGA